AUGGUGGCUGGUGGCAAGAAGGACAAAAACAACAAGUCGGCCGGCAAGCGGCGCAAGUCUCUGAUGAGCGCCGUGGCGAUGAACCGGGACGCUAGCCUGGCGGCGAGUUCGUACAUGCUGACGGGCGACCUGGCCGUGGACCUGCCGGCCGUGACGCAGGAGAUGGGCGUCGAGUUCACGCCGGCCGUGCAGCUGGUGGUGCUGGCGCCGCUGACCAGCAGUCCGGCCGGCGAUGUCGAGUCGCCGCCGCCGCCAGAGCUGACCCAGCUGCAGGCCAUCACCGAGCGGUACGAGUUCUACCAGCCGCGCGUGCGGCUCCAGGUGCGCGGUGACGUGGUGCAGCGCGACUCCGAGUCCGGUCAGCUGGGCAGCGCCGCGCACGGCGUCCAGGUGGCCGGCUGGCGCUGCGAGGCCGAGCACCUCACCGCCAUGCGACGCUGCUUCAGCGCCAUGGAGGCGCUCUCCACGCUCAGCCUCAACAACGCGGCGCUGGACGAGCCGGCCGUGGCGGCCCUGGUGGCGCUGCUCGCGGACCGGCCCACCGUCACCACACUCAACCUGGACUCGAACCCGGGCAUCGGCACGCAGGUGACGCGGCUGCUCGCGCCGCCGGCCAACGUUCUGUCCCUCUCACUGCGCAACUGCUGCGUCACUGACGAACAGCUGGCCGAGUUACAGCCGAUACUGAGCGAGCUGAAUACUCACACCGAGCUGCGGUACACCUGCCUGCCGCUGCGCAGCCUCAACCUGGGAAACAACCGGCUGACGGACGCCGGCGCCGUCACCCUGGCCACCAUCCUGCGCUCCAACAGACAGCUGCGGCUGAUCGGACUGACCAGGAACCACAUCGGCACGAAGGGCGCCCUGGCGCUGGCGGCCGUCCUGCAGCCUUUCGCCAUGACGCACGAGGAAGUGGUGGUGAGCCGGCGCGCCCGAGCGGAGGCGCGCCGCGUGCUCGUCGCACGUGUCGAGAGCGAGCUGAAGGGACGCGGUUCGUGCUGCGCCGGGAAGUGCACACAUACCAGCCGGCGUAGUGAGCCAGAUACAGGGGACGGCCGGAUCAGUCCGGCGGGCUCGCUCCGCAGCAGCGGCCAGCGGACCGGCUCCCGCUCGGGCCGCUCGCCGGCCAAACUCGCAGCGCCGGUGGCUCCGGCGGCACCACGCGGUUCGGACGCUCACCCCGUGCAGACCAUCCGAGAGAGUGUCGAGUCGCUCAUGUCGAGCGUGGUCCAUCCUCUAAUGACGCUGGUUCGACCGGAAAACGGCCGUCGACUGAACCCGGGCAACCUAUCCCUGGCCAGUCUCAGCCUGGCGUACAACCCGGGUAUACACCGCGCGGCUGCCACGGCCUUCCUGGAGGCUCUGCGGUACCAAGAGUCGGUGCCGGCUGAGGAGCAGGCGCGCCUGGGGCCGGGCCUGCUGCGGCUCUGUCUGACCGGCACGCCGGCCGACGGCGACCCGCAGCUGGCGCCGCCGGCGGAGGACGAGGAGAAGAAGACGGGACGCGCCGGCAGACAGUCGCAGCUGGCGCUGGACGCCUCCCGGCGCACCGCAUCGCGCGUGGGGAAGAAAAAGAAACUGAAGUAG